CAGUCUCAUUUCUCAGAAAGGUCAAUGAAACAAAAAAAGAUGAUGGCAGCCAACCAACUCUUCCCACAAGGCACUCAGCACAGUGCCUGCCACUUGGCCAGAUCACAGGAUGUGGGCAGUAUCGGCCCCUAUGUGUUCCUGCCUAGGCCCAGCCCCUCUCCUUGCCUCAUCGCUCCCUAUCUGUGAAAUGGAGCUGAGAUGGCUGGAGCCAGGGUCCAGCUAGAGGACAAUGCCCACGUGGCAUCUUCGGGGCCCUGGAGGAGGGAGUGGGAGGAGGAUGGGAGGGGUGAGGUGUCAGUUCCCCAUUGGUCUAGGCCAGGUGUCCUGUGGCGGUCCCCACACCACACAAGCACACACACAUCUGCACCUCAACCACAGACUACACUUGCUGAACUGGCUCCUGGGGCCAUGAGGCUGUCACUGCCACUGCUGCUGCUGCUGCUGGGAGCCUGGGCCAUCCCAGGGGGCCUCGGGGACAGGGCGCCACUCACAGCCACAGCCCCACAACUGGAUGAUGAGGAGAUGUACUCAGCCCACAUGCCCGCUCACCUGCGCUGUGAUGCCUGCAGAGCUGUGGCUUACCAGAUGUGGCAAAAUCUGGCAAAGGCAGAGACCAAACUUCAUACCCCAAACUCUGGGGGGCGGCGGGAGCUGAGCGAGUCGGUCUACACGGAUGUCCUGGACCGGAGCUGCUCCCGGAACUGGCAGGACUACGGAGUUCGAGAAGUGGACCAAGUGAAACGUCUCACAGGCCCAGGACUUAGCGAGGGGCCAGAGCCAAGCAUCAGCGUGAUGGUCACAGGGGGCCCCUGGCCUACCAGGCUCUCCAGGACGUGUUUGCACUACUUGGGGGAGUUUGGAGAAGACCAGAUCUAUGAAGCCCACCAACAAGGCCGAGGGGCUCUGGAGGCAUUGCUAUGUGGGGGACCCCAGGGGGCCUGCUCAGAGAAGGUGUCAGCCACAAGAGAAGAGCUCUAGUCCUGGACUCUACCCUCCUCUGAAAGAAGCUGGGGCUUGCUCUGACGGUCUCCACUCCCGUCUGCAGGCAGCCAGGAGGGCAGGAAGACCUUGCUCUGUGCUGCCAUCCUGCCUCCCUCCUCCAGCCUCAGGGCACUCGGGCCUGGGUGGGAGUCAACGCCUUCCCCUCUGGACUCAAAUAAAACCCAGUGACCUCA